CGUUACUUCCGGUGGAGAGACUCAGGAGUUUGACAGUAUGGCUGCGUACUCUGAAUUGGGAGUGAUGGCUGAAAUUGCCCAGGCAGUGGAAGAAAUGGACUGGCUGCUGCCAACAGACAUUCAGGCCGAAUCUAUCCCACUGAUUCUGGGUGGAGGAGACGUGCUCAUGGCAGCUGAGACUGGAAGUGGAAAAACUGGAGCCUUUAGUAUUCCACUCAUCCAAAUAGUCUAUGAGACCCUUAAAGACCUGCAGGAGGGAAAGAAGGGACGCGGUGCUGUAAAGACAGGAGGAGCAGUUUUCAAUAAAUGGCAGAUGAACCCUUAUGACCGAAGUCCUGCAUUUGCUAUUGGUCCUGAUGGCAUGUGUUGCCAGAGCAGAGAAUUUAAAGAGUGGCAUGGCUGCCGUUCCACCAAAGCGGUCACAAAAGGGAAAUAUUAUUAUGAGGUGUCCUGUCACGAUCAAGGGUUGUGCAGGGUGGGCUGGUCCACUAGCCAAGCAUCACUAGACUUGGGGACGGACAAGGAUGGAUUUGGCUUUGGGGGAACUGGGAAGAAAUCUCACAAUAAGCAGUUUGAUAGUUAUGGAGAGGAGUUCACUAUGCAUGACGUCAUCGGUUGCUACAUAGAUAUGGACAAAGGUCAUUUGUCAUUUUCCAAAAAUGGUAAUGAUCUGGGUCUGGCAUUUGAGAUCCCUCCACAGUUAAAAACCCAGCCCUUCUUUGCUUCCUGUGUUUUAAAGAACGCUGAACUGAAAUUCAACUUCGGUGAUGAACCUUUCAAAAACCAACCUAAAGAUGGCUUUAUUGCCCUGAGCCAGGCUUCAGAUGGCCAUGUGGUCAAAUCCGCCCAGACAGGCAGCGCUAAAGUGAGCGAGGUCAAAUCCAGUUCCAACGCCCCUAGAGCUCUGAUCAUUGAACCGUCUAAAGAGCUGGCUGAACAAACUCUUAACAAUGUCAACCAGUUCAAGAAAUAUGUUGAGAACCCCAAACUAAGGGAUCUUCUCAUUAUGGGAGGAGUGGCUGCUAAAGAACAGCUCUCCAUUUUAGAAAGUGGGGUUGAUAUUGUAGUUGGGACCCCUGGCAGACUGGAUGAUCUCAUAUCCACAAAGAAACUGGAUUUAUCCCAAGUCCGCUUCCUGGUGCUGGAUGAGUGUGACGGACUCCUCACAGCUGGUUACACUGACUUCAUUAUGAGGGUCUACAAUCAGAUCCCCCAGGUCACCUCAGAUGGCAAGAGACUACAGGUGAUAGUUUGCUCUGCCACGCUGCACUCGUUCGAAGUAAAGAAGCUCUCAGAGAAGAUCAUGCAUUUCCCCACAUGGGUGGAUCUGAAAGGAGAAGAUUCUGUGCCAGAAACCGUCCAUCACGUGGUGGUGCCAGUCUACCCCAAAAACGACAAGCUGUGGGAGAAACCGGGCAAGAACCACAUCAGGACUGAUGAAGUUCAUGCCAAAGAUGACACACGACCUGGAGCCAACAGCCCAGAGAUGUGGUCCGAGGCCAUCAAGAUUCUUAAAGGAGAAUACACGCUGAAAGCCAUCAAAGAGCAUAAAAUGGAUCAGGCCAUCAUCUUUUGCAGGACAAAGAUCGACUGUGAUAAUUUGGAGGAGUACUUUAUCAAACACGGAGGAGGCCCAGACAAGAAAGGACACCAGUUCUCUUGUGUUUGUCUUCACGGUGACAGGAAACCAAAUGAGCGCAAAUACAACUUGGAGAUAUUCAAGAAACAGGAUGUGAAGUUUCUGAUUUGUACCGAUGUGGCUGCUAGAGGAAUAGAUAUCCGCGGUGUUCCGUAUGUGAUAAAUGUGACUCUACCAGAUGAAAAGCAGAACUACGUUCAUCGCAUUGGAAGAGUCGGCAGAGCAGACAGGAUGGGUCUGGCUAUUUCACUGGUUGCUAUGGAGAAGGAGAAGGUGUGGUAUCACAGUUGUCCCAGCAGAGGAAAAAGCUGCAAUAAUACCAGACUCAAGGAAAACGGAGGAUGCACUAUCUGGUAUAAUGAAAAAGAGUUGUUGUCUGAAAUAGAGGAACAUCUAAAAUGCACUAUCACUCAAUGUGAACCUGACAUCAAAGUACCCGUCGAUGAGUUUGAUGGAAAAGUGACUUACGGCCAGCGCAGGGCCACAGGGGGUGGUCUUUAUAAGGGCCAUGUGGAUAUAUUGGCCCCAACUGUACGAGAACUAGCCAACCUGGAGAGAGAGGCACAGACAUCCUUCCUUCAUCUCUGCUAUCUACCCAACCAGCUCUUCAAAGCCUUCUAAAGCUACCGGCACGCAAACUAGCACUUAUUCAUCAUUAAAUUAAAUAAAGACAUGUAAAUGUAAAAACAUGCAUCACUAACCUUACAAAAAAUCAUUUCAUUUUGUUUCGCAUGGUUUGACAUGCAAAGAAAAUUUGAUUUUUAUAAAUAAGAAAUGUAAUUUUUAGGGCUGUCAAAAGAUUAAUCGCAAUUAAUCGCAUCCAGAAUAAAAGUUUGUGUUUACAUAAUAUUUAUCUGUUUACUGUGCAUAAUAAUUUUGUAUUUAUUAACACAUACACAUCCAUGCAUAUAUUUAAGAAAAAUCUAAAUAUUAAUAAACAUUUAUAUAUAAUUUCAAUUAUUGGUAAAUAUAAAUAAAUACAUGUAAAUAUUUCCUAAAUAUGUGUACUUGUGUAUGUGUUUGUAUUUAUAAAUACAAAAUUAAUAUGCACAGUACAUAGACAUAUGUUAUGUAAACACAAACUUUUAUUCUGGAUGCGAUUAAUCGUGAUGAAUCUUUUGACAGCCCUAGUGUGUUUUCAAAGCAUUUGAGACAUCAUUAAAUACAUUUAAAUGGCAUAAAAUUUUGAGUAUUUUAUUCAAUCUUUUUUUAAUAUCUCAAAAUAUAGAAUUUAGUAUAUCCAGAGGACUAACACUAAUCCAACUAAAUUCAAGUUUCAUACUAUAAAUAUUUCUGCACUGACAAUGAAUUCCUUUGAGUUUGAUUGCUCUACCGUUAUUAACACUAGGGGGCGCACUUGUCUUGAUGGAGAGAGACUGGCUUCCAGUAGGCCUACGUUUAAGACGCACCUUUUAUGAUUUGUGUCUGAAGAGUUUUUCCUCUAUUCUCUAUAUUACAGCAGAAGAGGGCAAUGAAGUUAAAAGUCCUUAAUAAUCCAAAAUUACAUAACUAUACAGUCACCCGGCAAGCCUGUGUUAUUAGAGACUACCGUUUAAACUCAGAUCACACACAGGACGUCUCUCUGUAAUUACACCCAAACGAACAGCAGCGCUUGUAAACAGCCAUGUGUUUUAAACUAAUCCACACGCGAGACCACACAUACCUUUUCUUGGAUUCUUGCCCUAAAUCUGAUUAUAUAACAGAAUAUAGAUCCACACAAAAGAUGAAACACGGAGCUUGCCAAUGCACAAUCUAAACAAAUCCUGAGUUUCCGUAGUCAUAAUUAGGCCCAGACUGAAUCUGUGAACUUUCUCAGUUUCUGCACACAUUUGGUUGGAAAAUCUGCAAUAUUCUGUGGGAAUUUUAUUUCGGGCUGUUACACUUUUACAGGUAGCUGAAACGAUGUCAAAAUAAUCAAUAAACUAACAUUUGAGGGAUUUCUUUUUUCUUCACGUUUCUAGCUUUCUUUCGUGUUAUGUAACUGCAGUAACUCCGUUUGUGUAUACGUGUGUUUCCAUGCACACUUCUAAGCAUCUUUGAGAGUAAAUGGUU